UCAAAUAUAACGGCUAGAUAUCCCGCUCCACCCUUACUACUUCAAACUCCCUCUCUAUCGUCGUCUAUCGCUAACUCGGCGGAGACAACACAGAGGCAAGCACACAAGGCCACAUCUCAUUCGACUGGCGUAGAGAAGAUAUUCACAGCAAAGAAAUGGCGUCGAACAUCGGAAUGAUGGACUCUGCUUACUUCAUCGGGAGAUCUGAGAUCCUCUCAGUCGAAGAGGCUUGUACCGGUGCAGUUCACUGCCAACUUAUGGAUGCCGCUCAUCCAGGGAUGGUGCCGAUGCACAAGGUCAAUUUCGAUGCCAAGAACGAGUACGAGAUGAUCCAGAACUACAAGGUCCUUCAAGAUAUCUUCAACAAACUCAAAAUCACCAAGCACAUUGAAGUGACCAAACUGGUGAAAGGAAGGCCUCUGGAUAACCUGGAGUUCAUGCAGUGGAUGAAGCGCUAUUGUGACUCUGUCAGUGGAGGCGCUACACACGGUUACAAUGCUCUGGAGAGAAGAGAGGCCUGCAAGGGUGGAAGAGAAGCGAACAAGAAAUCUGCUGCACCGCAACCUUCUGCCAAGACUGCAGCAGCUUCCACCAAGCAUGCCCCUCACAAUGGUCGCAGGAAUGAUGUAACCAAUACAAGCUGUGCCACAAAUCCUUCUGGAAAGACCUCUAGACCUUCUUCAAGCGGAGGCCGCCCUGUCUACUCUGAAACAGAAAAGGCUGCACAUGUAAAACAGAUCACAGAGUUGAAAUUAUCUAUAGAUAGUCUUGAGAAGGAGAGAGACUUCUACUUUGCAAAGCUGAGGGAUAUUGAAAUUGUUUGCCAGUGCCCUGAGAUUGAAAAUCUACCAGUCGUUGAAGCGAUUAAAAGAAUAUUAUAUGCUACAGACAGCGAUGAAUCAAUCGUUGUAGAAGCUCAAGCCAUGAUCUCUCAGCAACAGCAAGUGGAGCCAGCAGAUGACAACAUACCUGAAGAAGAACCAGACAACAAGCAGAAAGUUGAGAAUCAGAAGCGAAAAAUUAUCAUCAAUUCCGAUGUUGAUGUUGCUGCCAGCAUCACCUUGUCUCCCAGGCAAAAGUUCGCUGAUGCUUCCGAUGUCCAUUGCAGCGGAUCACCCCUCGUGACUUACUGAUCAUCUUCUACUUGUUUCAAUUCAUGAAUGAUAUAUAGAUUCUGCAACUUCCUUUUGUUAUUUUUUAUUGUGCUGGGGAAUACUUUACCAAUGUUGCACCCUGGGGGUGAACAGUAUAGACUACAAAAUUUUAUGAAUAGUGUACAAUUUCCUAUUA